AUGGCCACCGAAAGUCAUUCGCUUUUGAAGCUUUUUUCUUCAGGUCCGGAGAGCUCCUAUAACAGCUUUGACCCUUCGCUUCCCUCACCUCCCGAUUCUAAUACGUCUCACUCAUCCUCGGACGUGCUAUCCCGUGUGGACUCUAUCUCUUCGGCCAUUGUUUUGCAGAGCAAGCUCAAUCCCGAGUCAGCCGUCUGGACUCCCCCCACCUGGGGCGAACUCUCCCCGACCACAUCCAAGGGCACCAAUACUGCUCCAGCGGACUCUGACCUGUCCUCGUCUGCCACGAGCUUCACAUCUAGUGACGACUUUGCACGCGAACUCCUAUCCCAGGCCAUCGCGGGGGGCUCAGUCUCUUCGAGCCACGGCGACGAGCCCCGCGGCGGCGAUCAGGCGUUCUCCGGCUACACGUUUAUCACUUCUCCGCCGCCCCCUCGCAUGCGUCAGCACACUCGCGGUAGCAGCAGCAUCGCCAGCCCGAUGCCGACUUUUGGCCGCAUGACGGAACCCAGGAACUAUGCGCCCCGCACUUCUGGCCUGCCCAUUUCCAGCGAGCCGCCUCCCAAGUUCAAUCUAGAGCUGCCCACGGUGUCUCAGAGUGACCAUCAGACGCUGCCGUCUCCCGAGGCGUUUGACAAGCAUCUUGGAGCCCUUGUCCAGCAGACUCUUCCGGCCCCUCAGAGCCUCACUGUGUACCAACCGCCCACUGAGAUCUGUGAAGGGCGCUCCGAGACGCUCCAGGCGCUGACGAACCCGGCCUGGGGUGGCGCUCAGCUCGCAGCUGUUCUGGACCCGAGCAACAUGCCGUUUGUCGAAGCUGCCAAACUGGCCACAGGCAGAAACCAAGGUGUCGUCCGCCUUGGUAACAUUCCCUUUGCUACGAAGCGUUCCGAGGUGAUUGCUUUUCUCGGCCGCAACUCCAAGAUCCUGAAUGACGCCGAGGAGCCCGUUCACAUCAUCAUGGAAAAGGUCACCAGCAAGACCAUGGACGCCUACGUCGAGUUUAUGACUCUCGAGGAUGCCAUGCGUGCUGUUGAGAAGCAUACUCAGAACCAGCUUUCCGGCCGCCCGACGCGCCUGGGAGACCGUCCCGUGGACUUGCAGCUCUCUAGUCAGGCCAACCUGAUGAAGGAUUUGUUCCCCGUUGCAGCUGGUGUCAUCUGGAAAGGCGUCACCCCCGAGAUCCAGCCGCUCAAGCCCAAUGAGCCAUGGUCCAACUUCAAGGGCUUCAUCUCUGCCGAAGAGAUGGUCAUGCUCGUGAAGCACGUCGAGGUCCCCCAUCGAUCACCCUUCUCCAAGGAGUGUCCGCAGCGCCCCUACGAAUGCCUCAUCAGCACGCUGCGCAAGUUUCCCUGGUACAUGACCGACUGCAUCACAGUGAGCCAGCGUAGCGCUGUCUUCCACGCCACCUGCGAUCUGCUGCGUCUUCUCCUCAAGAGCCUCGACAAGGGCGACGACCCCGUCACACUCAACAAGCAGCUACUGCGCCGCGUGGUCAAGGCCGCUAUGGAGUGUCCUGGCUUCACCGUCCUGAUGAAAGACGACGUCGCCUGGAUUGUCGGCAUGUCGGACAAUGAGCAGCGCUCCUACGGUCAGCCCCGUUUCGCGAACAGCUGGCGCCACCAGUACGCCCUCGCCCCCAAGCCCGGCAUGCCUCUUGAUAUGGUCGAGUGGUACAUUGCUGCGAUGCGCGAGCAGACGAUGCGCGACGUGUUUUCGCGUCCCCACGUUGAGCGCCGCGGCAUCCAGGAAAAAGCCAAAUCCACUGACGGCUACUGGGGUUACUUCUGGGUCGAGGCCGACUACCCUACAGGGCCUGCUUUCGACAAUAUGACGCUGGCGCACGCUGCACAGGUUGAAUUUGCGGCGAUGGAGGCCAUUCUUUCUCGUGCUUUUGAUUUCAUGUGA